AUGCGCCCUAGCUGGACCGGGAGACUCUCGACAUUCGAUCAACAACCCAUAUCAAUUCUUACUACAUCAAACACACAUUUUCACAAGAUGGCGUUCUCAAUAGGGAUGCCCUGGAACGAGGGCGAAGAGAAGAUGCAUCACCUCCUCCGCGUUCCACCUCAAGAUAAUCCAACAUCGGCUAUGCUCACACCACAAGCCAGUUUUAUGUUCCAACGUGCUCCUCUACUCGCACUCGGAACACUGGAUGCACAAUCUAGACCAUGGGCGACACUAUGGGGUGGCGAGCCUGGUUUCUCUGAACAGCUUGGUGGAGGCUUCAUCGGCACGCGAACACUCGUCGAUGGCACGAACGAUCCUGUCGUGCAAGCGCUUAUGAGUGGAAAUGAGAAGGGCGAGAUGACUCAAGCAAAAGACGGUGGCAAACUAGUAGCUGGUUUAGCUAUCGAUCUGAUGACGAGGAAAAGAGUCAAAACCGCUGGGCGUAUGAUUGCAGGAGCGAUAAGGGACAUCGACGUGGAGAUCGAAGGGGAGGCAGACAGGAAACAAGAACAGAUUCAACUCGUCACGAAGAUAGAACAAAGCCUAGGAAAUUGUCCCAAGUAUCUCAAUCAAUACGAAAUACGCCCAGCACUAGUAAACGCAAGAUUAGUAUCGCAAUCCUCAUCGUUAUCAAAAGAAGGAGAAGAACUCGUUGCGAGAUCCGACAUGUUCUUCUUAUCCACAACAACUGAGGAUGACAUGGAUGUCAACCAUCGCGGUGGACCAGCGGGAUUCGUUCGAAUGAUAAAUUCAAGCACCCUUGUCUACCCCGAGUACUCCGGAAACCGGCUUUAUCAGUCCCUCGGUAAUCUAAUGCUCAACCCCAAGAUUGGUAUCGUGUUUCCAGACUACGGAACGGGAGAUGUCCUUUACCUGACUGGCACAACUGAAAUCCUCGCUGGUGCAGAUGCAGCUGUCCUAUUACCCGGUAGCAAUCUGGCCGUCAAGAUUACCAUCUCAGAAUGCCGAUUUGUAGCCAACGGUCUGCCGUUUCGUGGCUCGAAGAAGACACCUAGCCCAUACAAUCCGCUCGUGCGCACCCUUGCUUCUGAAGGGAACAUACGCGGCACUCUCUCCGUUUCUCACACCAUGGCGUCUUUAACCAAGAAAGAGGUUCUCACGCCUAGUAUCGCUCGUUUCACCUUCACUGUGAGAGAUGGGCUAACAUAUCGACCCGGGCAAUGGAUUGCGCUGGAUUUUAGCAAAGAGUUAGACAUUGGGUACGAACAUAUGCGCGAUGAUGAUCCUGGAAGUCUGAACGAUGACUUUGUGAGGACAUUUACCAUUUCCUCCACGCCUAGCAAAGACCAUGAGAAGGAAAGUGAGUUUGAGAUGACUAUACGGAACGUUGGGGCUGUUACACGGUUCCUCUUCCAGCAAAAUGAGCGGGCUGGGUUGGAGAUAGGUGCCCUCGGUGUAGGGGGCCGAUGGGCGUAA